AUGAGUCUAGAUCAGGCCAGGAACAGGGUUCAUUCUAUAAUAAGUAACCUUAAAGCUUCUUGUCUUUUGCUAAGUAGUACUAAUAGGGAGUGUGUAAAAAUGCAUGAUGUGUUCCGUGACUUGGCCAUAUUGAUAGCUACCAGUAACGAUUAUAGUUUCAUGGUAAAGGCAAGCUCGGGAUUAAAGGAGUGGCCAAGCAACUUAAAGUUGCAGUAUGUUAUGAGAAUGUCGUUGACAAAUAACGACUUUAGUAUGUUCGAAGGAGCAGGAGAAUACCCAGAGCUCAUACUAUUGUUGCUGCAAAAUAACCCGUCAUUGAAGAGUAUCUCAGAUGAGUUCUUUGCAGGGAUGAAAGCACUCCAAGUACUUGAUCUCAGUAAUAUACCAUGCCUAGAAAAAUUACCGUCCUCACUAUCUUCGCUCACAAACUUAAGGACUCUGUGUUUGGAUGAUAAUAAUCUUAAAGACGGAUCUGUACUUGGGGAUCUGACUUCGAUCGAAAUUCUUAGCAUGAGGAAGUCUUCAUUUUCCAGGUUCCCAGAAGAGAUUCGGAGAUUAACUAAUCUUCGUUUACUUGAUUUGACUGACUCCCAAGUUGGUGAAAUACCGUCCAAGGUGUUUUCAAGCCUCUCGCAUUUGGAGGAGCUGUAUAUGGGAGGAAGCUACAAUGAUUGGAAGCUAGAGAAAUCAAAUAGCAGCCGUAAAGCUACUCUAACGGAGGUUCUUUCUCUGGAGCGAUUAAAUAUCCUACAUAUUGAUAUCGGCUAUCAUGGUUGUCUAACCGAAGAGAUUAUCCAUCGACAAUCAAGACUGAAGAAGUUUUACAUACACAUAGGCGAAAGAUUACACUCCCCAACUACUUAUCCCACAAGCAUGUGCUUAAAUAUACCAGGUUUGUUUGGAGUAUGCAACCCUUUCAAGAACUGGCUGAAGAGCUUCCUAAACACAGCCGAGCACUUGUCUAUAGCGAGCUGGAAAGAUCGGUCAUGUCUUGAAGAAUUCCCGAUUGAUUGUUUGCAGUCGCUCAAGAGCCUCCAUUUUCAACAAUGUCAUACUGACAUCUGUUUUUCGACAGCACUUUUAGACAGAUUUCAAGCUUUGCAAGAGCUCCAAAUAUGCUCGUGCCACAAUUUGGACACGGUCUUUCUCUCUUUCGAUGAUCAUUCCCCAAAGAAUGUGCUUCCUAGACUCACAAACUUACAUAUCCACGAUGCACCUAAUUUAACUUCUUUAUGGAGAGGCGUUGCGCCAUCUACAGGCUUCCAAACGUUGAAGUAUAUAAAAAUUGAAAAUUGUAUUCAGAUCAAGAUUCUAUUCCCUUUAUCUGUCGCGAAAAUUCUUAAUCACUUGCAAUACUUAGAGUUAUCACAUUGUGAUGUUAUGGAAGCAAUAAUCAGUGCAAAUGAAGCUCAUGAGAUUCAAUUGGAAACACAGUCAAAACGACAGACUUUAACCGACACAGAGUUAAUGUUAAGGAAUUUACACGCCGAUGAUUUAUUCCCUCAGCUGCAGACAUUAAAACUAAAGCAUAUGAAGAACAUCAGAUGUGUUACUCAACCUAAGUUUUUUCUAGACUUUCCUAAUAUGCAACAGCUUAUAGUGCUAUCGUGUCCAUUUCUCGAGCUUCCCCUAGGGAACAACAGCUUGCAGAAACUGAUUCAGAUUAAAGCAGAAGAAAAAUGGUUUGAAGAGCUAGAAUUUGAAGACAGACAAACAAAGAUAUCACUACAACUUAAAUUUACAGGUAUAAGCACAGGAGUUCAAUCCGCGUCUGAAAACUAGGAACCAAAAGCAUAUGAAAAACGGAAUUCAAAGUUCAGUCGAGCUGUCGAAGCAAACGAAUUUUAUCAAUGCAGCUUCAUAGUUCCAUCCCUUUUUUUCCCAGGAAGUCCAAAUAGAACUUGAAAUCACACUAUGUUAUUUCCUUUCAUUCUGUCAAGUAAACAGUUCAACCAAAAGUUUAAGAUUAAGAUGAUAAUUGAGACUUCAUCAUAUCUUAUUUACUCUUAACACAUUCUAUUAAGUAUUAAUCUAGUUUAAAGCUUUCUGGAUACCAUCACUAAUUAAAACUCUCUAUAUUAAAAGCCUAAAAGCAUAUCUAUUAGCUUGAUCUGUAUCAGAGUGUUAAACAUAAAUUAAUUAUACAAUUUUUUUUUAUAUAUUGGAAAAAUUGUUCAGAAUAAUUCAAAGUAAUGUAAUUUUUGUACUAUGAUCUCAAAUUUGAUUAACACUAAAUAAAUCAAACUAUUGAGUUAUUUACCCAAGAAUGUUGACGACCAAAUGGUAAUGUGUUUAUAGGAUAAUUAUCAUAAAGAAAAAGAAAAAAUAAAAAUAAAAAUAAAAAAA